AGAGACUGACAGACUACGUGACUUAUUUUAACUCAGUACAUCACAGAAGGCACAGGACAGGAGUCACAAUGUCUGAGCAAGACCCCGACAUGGAGGAAGUCGCAUUGCAGGAUGCCGACAGCAGUAGCAACGCCGACCAUGACGUAGACGACUGCUGCUCACCCCGGAGGGACUCAGAGUCACCAGUCGUGCCACCGUCUCCAUCUGCUGCAGCACCAUCGUCACCGGUGGUGGCAGAAUUGUCACCAGUGGUAGCAGCGAUGCCUGAGACAAUGGACUGUCCCAUCCUCACCCAGCCAGGACUGGGGACGACCACCACCACCGUCACCACCAUCACGCAGACUGGAGGGGACUGGAGCUCCGGGCUCUUCCACGUGUGUGGAGACACCACCACAUGUUUAUUGGGGGCGUUCGUGCCGUGCUGUCUUGAGUUCAGCCUGGCUCAUCAGUAUGGCGAGUGUCUGUGUCUGCCCCUGCUACCAGGCUCUGUUUUGGCCAUGCGGGUAGGGAUACGCGAGAGGUUUAAGAUACGGGGGAGUGUUUGUGAGGACUGGCUGGCCGUGUGUAUGUGCUACCCGCUCGCUGUGUGCCAGAUGAUCCGCGAGACCAAGAGGAGGCUGAAGACUCAGAUCUACCAGGUGUCCACCGCACUCGAGUGCUCCUGAGCCUCUUCAUUGUGUGUAUACCUGUACGUACACACUCUUAAACCUCAUGAUUAUACGAUUAUAGCUAAUGUCCAAAUACCUGUUCACAUCACUGAUGAGUCAGAUGAGGCACCUUACUCGGCUGCUCCUGAACCCCCC